CCUGCUCUCCCCUCCCCUGCUCUCCCCUCCCCUGCUCUCCCCUCCCCUGCUCUCCUCUCCCCUGCUCCCCCCUCCCCUGCUCUCCCCUGCUCUCCCCUCCCCUGCUCUCCCCUCCCCUGCCCUCCCCUGCUCUCCCCUCCCCUGCUCUCCCCUCCCCUGCUCUCCCCUCCCCUGCUCCCCCCUGCUCUCCCCUCCCCUGCUCUCCCCUCCCCUGCUCCCCCCUGCUCUCCCCUCCCCUGCUCCCCCCUGCUCUCCCCUCCCCUGCUCCCCCCUGCUCUCCCCUCCCCUGCUCCCCCCUCCCCUGCUCCCCCCUGCUCUCCCCUCCCCUGCUCUCCCCUCCCCUGCUCUCCCCUCCCCUGCUCCCCCCUCCCCUGCUCUCCCCUGCUCUCCCCUCCCCUGCUCUCCCCUCCCCUGCUCCCCCCUGCUCUCCCCUCCCCUGCUCUCCCCUCCCCUGCUCUCCCCUCCCCUGCUCCCCCCUCCCCUGCUCUCCCCUCCCCUGCUCCCCCCUCCCCUGCUCUCCCCUCCCCUGCUCCCCCCUCCCCUGCUCUCCCCUCCCCUGCUCUCCCCUCCCCUGCUCUCCCCUCCCCUGCUCCCCCCUCCCCUGCUCUCCCCUCCCCUGCUCCCCCCUCCCCUGCUCUCCCCUCCCCUGCUCCCCCCUGCUCUCCCUCCCCUGCUCCCCCCUCCCCUGCUCCCCCCUGCUCUCCCCUCCCCUGCUCUCCCCUCCCCUGCUCUCCCCUCCCCUGCCCUGCUCUCCCCUCCCCUGCUCUCCCCUCCCCUGCUCCCCCCUGCUCUCCCCUCCCCUGCUCCCCCCUGCUCUCCCCUCCCCUGCUCCCCCCUGCUCUCCCCUCCCCUGCUCCCCCCUCCCCUGCUCCCCCCUGCUCUCCCCUCCCCUGCUCUCCCCUCCCCUGCUCUCCCCUCCCCUGCUCUCCCCUCCCCUGCUCUCCCCUCCCCUGCUCCCCCCUGCUCUCCCCUCCCCUGCUCUCCCCUCCCCUGCUCUCCCCUCCCCUGCUCUCCCCUCCCCUGCUCUCCCCUCCCCUGCUCCCCCCUGCUCUCCCCUCCCCUGCUCUCCCCUCCCCUGCUCUCCCCUCCCCUGCUCCCCCCUGCUCUCCCCUCCCCUGCUCCCCCCUGCUCUCCCCUCCCCUGCUCCCCCCUGCUCUCCCCUCCCCUGCUCCCCCCUCCCCUGCUCCCCCCUGCUCUCCCCUCCCCUGCUCCCCCCUCCCCUGCUCUCCCCUGCUCUCCCCUCCCCUGCUCUCCCCUCCCCUGCUCCCCCCUGCUCUCCCCUCCCCUGCUCUCCCCUCCCCUGCUCUCCCCUCCCCUGCUCCCCCCUCCCCUGCUCUCCCCUCCCCUGCUCUCCCCUCCCCUGCUCUCCCCUCCCCUGCCCUCCCCUGCUCUCCCCUCCCCUGCUCUCCUCUCCCCUCCCCUGCUCUCCCCUCCCCUGCUCUCCCCUCCCCUGCUCCCCCCUCCCCUGCUCUCCCCUCCCCUGCUCUCCCCUCCCCUGCUCUCCCCUCCCCUGCCCUCCCCUGCUCCCCCCUCCCCUGCUCUCCCCUCCCCUGCUCUCCCCUCCCCUGCUCUCCCCUCCCCUGCCCUCCCCUGCUCUCCCCUCCCCUGCUCUCCCCUCCCCUGCUCUCCCCUCCCCUGCCCUCCCCUGCUCCCCCCUCCCCUGCUCUCCCCUCCCCUGCUCUCCCCUCCCCUGCUCUCCCCUCCCCUGCUCUCCCCUCCCCUGCUCCCCCCUCCCCUGCUCUCCCCUCCCCUGCUCUCCCCUCCCCUGCCCUGCCCUCCCCUGCUCUCCCCUCCCCUGCUCUCCCCUCCCCUGCUCUCCCCUCCCCUGCUCCCCCCUCCCCUGCUCUCCCCUCCCCUGCUCUCCCCUCCCCUGCUCUCCCCUCCCCGCCCUCCCCUGCUCUCCCCUCCCCUGCUCUCCCCUCCCCUGCUCUCCCCUCCCCUGCUCUCCCCUCCCCUGCUCUCCCCUCCCCUGCUCCCCCCUCCCCUGCUCUCCCCUCCCCUGCUCCCCCUGCUCUCCCCUCCCCUGCUCUCCCCUCCCCUGCUCCCCCCUCCCCUGCUCUCCCCUCCCCUGCUCUCCCCUCCCCUGCCCUCCCCUGCUCUCCCCUCCCCUGCUCUCCCCUCCCCUGCUCUCCCCAGAGGGGGGUCAGUGAAGGAGCUAGCCAAUCCAACAGCAGCCAAGGCAACAGCAGCCAAUCCAGCAGCAGCCAAGGCAACAACAGCCAACCCAACAGCAGCCAAUCCAACAGCAGCCAAUCCAACAGCAGCCAAUCCAACAGCAGCCAACCCAACAGCAGCCAACCCAACAGCAGCCAAUCCAACAGCAGCCAACCCAACAGCAGCCAACCCAACAGCAGCCAAUCCAACAGCAGCCAAUCCAACAGCAGCCAAUCCAAUGACAGCUAA